GGGUGGACAGUGGCAGCAGCUGCAGGACAGUUAAGUAUCCCUGACACUAGAGGGUUCUUCCAGGAUGCAAACCUUGGUACCUUUGUGCGUUCUCCUCUCGCUCCUCUUCUCUGCUCAGGCAGAUGUUGUGAAUCGUUUUGAGGACGAGCCAGAGUGCUUGAAGUACUUCUAUAAAAACAAGGUGCCAGAGUGGGGGGCUUCUACUCCUGGUGCAGCCCGUCUCUGUCAGCGCUUUGUCAACAGGUUCCACUUUGCCACCCUGUAUGACACCAACCAUCGUAUCGCUGUCUACUCCGCCUAUCAUUUCCAGCCCAGCAAUGGAGGUGGCAGGGAGAAAAGGUGGUUUGUUGAGCCUCAGCUGGUGAACAUGGCCUGGCAAGCGGAGAUGAAGGACGGCUACUGGCUUGGGAAAGACCACCCUGGAAUCUACCUGGGGGAGAAACAGGCUCUGAAUGAGGACUACACACACUCUGGCUUCGACCGUGGUCACCUCAACCCCAACGGACACCAUGCAGUCCCUAGCCGCAAUGCCACUUUCACCCUGACCAAUGUGGUUCCUCAGAACCCCAAACUGAACCAGAACGCCUGGAGGAUCCACGAGUCCCAGCUCACUGACCUUUUCCGGGAAAAGUGCUCUACAGCUUUUGUGCUGGUUGGUGCCGUUCCCUCCGCAGACAACUGGAUUGUCAAGAACAACGUGAAGCGUGUCAACAUCCCAGACUACCUGUGGAAUGCCUACUGCUGUGUGGACAACAAUGGCACACCCAUCGAGGGCGGUGCAGCCACGGCGAGGAACACCGAAGCCAACUUGGUGGUGAAGCUCUCUCUGGAUGAGCUGGGAGAAUUCCUGCAGCAGUUCUCCAAUCAGCCUGUAGGGGAGCUGUUUUACAAUAACUGCAGGGCAUAAGCGAUAACAGAGGGACGAUGGAAAAACAAUUCUAGGUGCCAUUGCCCUUUAAUCUUACAUUAAAACACAAUGAAAAGCUAUUAUUCGUAUUGACUAAUACAUCCCUUAAUAUCCAUCUCAUUGAACGCUAACAAAUAAAUCAAAAUAAACAGCAGAGGGAUAAAA